UAGGUAUUCCACCUGCAUUCAUAAAAUAAAUUUGUGCUAGUUUUGCUCAGCUGUACAUUUUUUUUCUUUGCAGUCCAAUUUGAAGCACAGUGAUCGAGCCCUCGCAACUCCCUUCUACAAAGAAAUUAUUAUCGUCACUGCAAUCAAGGAUUGCGUCAUGGAUAUGCUUGAAAGACGGGAGGAAUCUGUUACAUUUCCUGGGAGGGAAGGGGUUAAUGUUAAUGCUUCCUAUUGGUGCCACAUGUGUACGAAAGAGGUUUUGACCUCUGUGGCAGAGGGUUGCCAGGAUAACAUGGAACUUCUGUGCUCUGAAUGUGGAAAUGGCUUUAUAGAACCUAGUGCAACUGCUCGGUCCGCUUCUAAUGUGCAUCAGACUCAAGGGAUGACCAAUCACAAUGGAGAAACCAGACGAGAAGAGGGAGAAGAAGAUGAAGGCCAGAGGAUAGACCGUGAACAUGAUCAAAUGCUACAUCAGUUAUUUCGUGUGAUUAACCACAAUGACAGAGAGACUGAUCACGAGAGUGCCGGUGAUGACAUUGGAUUUAGUCAUACCUCACACGAUGAACAAGUUUUGGUAACCGAUGAAGAGGAUAUGGCGAAUGGAGAUGAUGAAGACAGUGACUCUUCAAGCAUUGGUAUUCAGGCAGGUCCAGAUGAAUGGGACUUGUCAGACGAUGAGAACGAUAAUGAAGAAGAUUGGGAAGAAGCAUACGAAGAAGAAGAAGACAGGGAUGAAACGAGAGAACAAACUAGCCUGACAGAAAAUGUAGAUGAAGAAAUACGUUCACAGACACAAAGAACUAGAUGGGGAGGCAGAUGGAGACAGGGAGACACACCGAGACCACAACAGAGAACAAAUACUGAUCAUGUUCUACACCACUUUCUGCAAGAGAUCUUUGAGAAUCUGGUUGGAAACAAUAUUGAGACCAGGUCAGAGUUUCCUGAAUGGCCAUUUUAUGUUGGGAAUCCAGGGGACUAUCUUGAUGCAAGUGGGUUUGAGCAGCUGCUGCAACAACUUGCUGAGAAUGACAAUAGCAGACGAGGUGCCCCUCCUGCAGCUAAAUCUGCAUUAGAAAAUUUACCUUACAUUACCGCUGAUGAAAAUUCUGUCUGCGCUAUAUGCAGAGAUGCUAUAAUUGCAGGGGAAGUAGUUAGACAGCUUCCAUGCUUGCAUCUGUAUCAUUCUGAUUGUAUUUUGCCAUGGCUUAGUACUAGAAAUUCUUGCCCAGUAUGUCGUUACGAGCUUCCCACAGAUGAUUCUGAGUAUGAAGGGCGGAAAGGGACAGCAAUUGGUAGAACCCAUACAACUGAUAGUAUGAGCUUCAACGUCCAGAACAGCAAUCAUGAAUCAUCUUCCCAAGAGUCAUCCAAUGCAAAUUUUACUGUGCAGAAUAGCAGUCAAGAGCCAUCUUUUGAAUGGUCAUCUCGAGCAACUCUUAAUAUGCAGAAUGGAAGUCAGGAGUUAUCUUCUCGGCAGUUUUCCAACACAGAAGUAGAAAAUCUUCAUUUGCAAGAGAUGGAAAGUGUGUUAGUGUGCCCUCAAGUUAUUGGCAGCCACAAUGCGAUUGAAUCUGAACUGGAAGUUGACAAUGGAGAAAUAGAAGUUAUUUACGAGGAGCAAGAGCAUGGUGAUGAACCCAAUCAUGAGAUUCAAGAUGGCGAUAUUAAGAAUGAUAAAACAUCUAUUUCUCAAAAAUUUGGAAGCGGAUGGUUACUAAUGGCUGCAGGUCCUGUUUUAAGUGUUCUGGUACUUAUUCUGGCCUUGUGUUUUGGAAAUCAUUCAAUAGUGGGCAGGAUCCAGCAGCAUGUACGGUGGUGGCAAGGGCAACAACAUGACUUUGUUAGGGAAACUCAUAUACAACAAGCGGAUGUGCUGAAUGAGAGUCAAAGUCGUAGGAGAUGGUGGAUGCCAUUUCAGCAAUGAGAAACAAAUACGUUACUGUGCCACAAUGUCAAAGCCUUGGGGUUUGAAUAAAAGAAACUUAUGCUUUUAUAUUGGUUUUGGUUUUGCAUUAAUUUUCUUUUUUGAAAUGUGAACGUACAAAAGAUAUUAGUGGAGGUCAUAGAAAUGUCUUCCAUCUCACCAAUUCAUUUUCCAUGGAUUGUUGUAUCGACGCUGUUCUAUUAUUCAAGACCUUACAUAAGUUCAUUGGAGGUCAUAGAAAUGUCUUCAAUCUUCCAAUUCAUUUUCUAUGGAUUGUUGUAUCGGCGCUGUUCUAUCUUUGAAGACCUUACAUAAGUUCAUUAAUAGAGAAUCAACUUAGAGAGAAAAGAUCAUAUGACAUAUCCAAUUGCUCUUUGUUGUUGCCUAUGUGUGUGCAUCAACAAAGAUUGUAAUGUCCAUAGACAUAUUUUGUGUGUUGUGGUCUCUGUACAGUUUUCAUUCUCUCUCCACAUUGUUCUCGUCCUACUUUUAAACUUCAGCUUCCAGUCUUUAUUGUGAGCAAAAGUUGUCUCCAACAUGUAUAAAGCUUAUCACAUUCUGUACGUGUAAUUUGAAAAAUCUUAUGGGACCAUUAAAACGAAAGUACUGCGACUAUAAAAUGUAUGGCUUGAUACAUUUAGAUGUAACCUUUGCAUUGUAAAGUGACUAAAAGUUAAAAAUAGAAUAUAAGUUAUCCUCAA